AUGUGCCUCUCUUGUCUGACAGAGAUUCAGAGAAGACGUUCCAGUGAAGAACCUUCUGAGGUCAUCUGGAAAUCUACGAAGGACUCCGGAAUUCCAGCUACAGAGGAGGAAAGCCAGGAGAAUGACGAGAUUCCUCGGGAGCUGAAGGGAGCAGAGAAGUGGAAGACGGUAAAGAUCCAAGAUCCCAGCACUCCCUCCAAAGCUUCUGUGUUUCUAGGAGAGGCAUCGGAACCUAUUAAAGACUUGGACAUUUCUAGAGAAUCAGAAGAGGGUAUAUUACUACCAGAAGGAUCAUCAAUAGAAAAGGAAGAGCAACCAAGCUCAACAGUUCAGAGCCAAUCUGAAGAAAAUAAACAAGGAGAAGAUGAUGCAGUUAGCGCUGGUCAAAGUAAUGAAGAAACCACAACAGAAAGGCAACCACAGGGGAAGAAUAUGGAAGAAAGCCUAGAGGAGAAUGAACAGUCGUUUUCAGAAGAUACUCCAGAUGUGGUAACUGAAAAUGUUGAUGGCAGCAAUGAGAAGACAGAGACCGAUAUUGUGAAACAGGAAAUGGAUACACCUGAGUCAGAGAUAAUGAGUAAAACAGAAAUAUUGACUGAACAAGCUUCUCAGUCUUUGGGAAGUUCUGAUUCAAAAGAAGGAGAUGGAGUUGUCGGUAAUCAGGAAAUGACAAAAAUUAAAUUGGAAAUAAUGUCUCCAAAGACAGACACAGUAGAAGACUCCAUACAGCAAGAGAAAGAAAUAAAACAAGAAAUUUUGUCCCCAGACAAGGAUUCUACAACAGAUUCUGUACAGAAAGAGACAAACUCUAGCUGGUCAGGGGAGUUUACACCUAGAGAAGCUGUGACUGACUUAUCAGAAGGAGACAAAGAGAAUGAAACUCUGACUGAAACAACAGAGGAACCAACCGAGAAGGUGGAUUUUCCUGUAUCAAAAGAGGCAGAGCAUGAGAAAGAUUCAUCAAAGCCUGGAGAAAUGGAAGGAGAGCCAUUAGAGGAGGAAAAAACACAAAACCAAGAGGGUGAAGAUGCUGAAGAGGAUUUGGAAAUGGAGGGAGAACCUGUGGGUCAGAUGAAGGAAACAAAUGUCCAGGAUGAAGAAGCUUCAGAUGAUGUCAGUGAAGAAAAAGCUAAAGAAGAAAGCAGUGAGGAAACACUCAUCUCUGAAUCACGUGAAGAAAGCAAGAAAGAAGAUGAUUCAGAAAUGAAGGUCAGAGAGGUAGAAACCAUAGAAACUGAUGAAGAGAAAAAGAAAGAGGAAGGAUUAGUGGAGUCUGGGGAUGUGGAGACAAGAUUAGAAGAGAAGACAAGAGAAACUGAAUACCAAAGUGAAAUGGAGCAACAACAGGAGACUGAGGAGGGAGGAAAAUCUAUGCAAUGUGAAAAUAAGACAAGAGAAGAGGAGAUGGAGGUGCAAUCCCAUCUGACAGGGAACAAGUCAUCUGCUGACGGAGGUGCUAAAAGAACCUCAAGCUCACGUGAUGGCAGAGAUAAGAGGGAAAUCGAGGGAAAGGAUAGCGGACCAGCUGAGGGUGGAGAAAGUCAACGCAGUAGUGAGAGCACAGACAGAGGUAGAGGAAGUCACCAAAGAAGUUCUCCAGAGGAUGAAAGGAGAUCAGAUGAUGUUGGUCGCCAUAGUAGCCAUCACCAUGGCAACAGAUCACACGGAAAUCGAGAUCACAGAUCCCCUAACUAUAAUCAGUAUGAUCGACCUCAAGAGGACAGAAGCUGGUCAAGACAUGACAGGCAUUCUCACGGAGACAGAGACAAGCAUCAUGGCCAGAACAGACAUUACCAUGACAACAGACAUCAGUAUGACAGAAAUCGCUAUGAUGACGGGAGACAUGGACAUCACGACAACAGACAUGGUUACCAUGACAACAGGCAUGGUUUCCAUGACAACCGAUCCUCGAGAGGUCAUUGGAGAGGUCAUGGAGGGUACAGGGGUGGAUAUAGAGAUUACAGAUAGUUUAUGCCAGAGUAUGACCCAAGAUCUGAGACAGGAUAUAGGAUUAUACACCGGUAUAUAGUUUAUAACAGAGAAUGACUAAAAUUGUAGACAUGGUUCCAUGAUUUUUAUAUGAGUAUGGUAAAAAAAAUGAGACUAGUUCUUUCUGACGGUUUUACUGCUAGUACAGUAAAAAUUGGAUAUGCUCUGAUGUUAUAUAUUCAAGUGUUAAAAGUUUAUUCCCAGUUGAUGAAGUGUACAUGUUUUUCAAAUUUGGGAAAAAGUGUAGUUUAACCUUAUUAUUUUGACAAUUUUAUUCUUUUGUAAAAACUGGAAAAAAAAAUUACCAUAUAUAGAACAUAUAAUGACCUUCCCCUUCAAUUUUCUGAGACAUUUCUUUUUAUGAGUCAAACUAUAAUACUGCAUCCUCCAAAGCUGGCUGUAUUUGCUGUAUGAAGUUUCCAAUGCUUAUUAUAUUUACUAAAAGAAGGUAGGCUAUGGAGAGCAGAAUAAUGAUUUUGUACAUGUUAUUAAAUCAUGAAACUAUAUAAGAAAUAGUUGGGCCUUAGACUGUGUAAAUGUCAUUCUAUUCAACGUAUUUUGUAAAUCAUAUUAAUCAGAUUAUAGACAACCUUCUAAAUGAAUUAGCCACAAUUUUUUCACCUGUUUCAGUAACAAUUUCAAAGAAGCUUCACAUUGUUUCAUGAAAUACAUGUGUAAAAUGAAUAUUCAAUAAACAAUGAAAUUACCAAAGUAA